AUGCCAAAACCAAAACAAUUAUUGAAGGGAUCGAAGUCGAAACGGAAAGUGAAGAAUGCUGAGCCCGAAACAGCCGACGAAUACCUUGCCGGCGGUAUCGAGCUAGAAGAAGCAGGUGAAAAAUGGCGAGCCGGGGACGCUGUGAAAUCCAUGCGAUUUUUCAUGCGCGCUAUCGAGAUGUAUGAUACGGGGUUAAAAAGAUUUCCGAAUUCGUUUGAUUUGGCGUAUAAUAAGGCACGAAUACAAUACGAAAUAACCCAACAUCCAAAGCUAGUCACCCAGCUCACCGCCCCCAUCGUAGAAAUCCUCCAUAUCGCCCUCAAAUCCCACAGACACGCCCUGGCCCUCCAGCAAGACAACGCAGACAUCCUCUUCAACACCGCGCAGGUCCUGACCAGCCUGGCCGAAGCGAUCACGGAAGGCCGACGAGCUUCUGAGCAGGAUACCCACGAAGCUUCAAGGUAUCUCCAGGAGGCGUUGGAUCUAUUCCAGCGAUGUCUGAGUGUGCAGGAGCUUCAGUUUACGGAGGGGCAGGAGAAGCAGGCGGACAGCAUGGCGGAGUCCGGUGAGUUACAGGUGGGUGAACAGCAGGGUCAUUUAGAAGCGGAUCGUGAGGGUAUGGAGGGAACGGCGCGGCCGGAGCAGUCGGAGCAGUGGGCUGCAAUCAUCGAACCUGUCACCAAGGACACGCUUGUCGAUACCGCGGUUGCGCAGUUGGAAACACUGGCUACGUUUUGUGGGUUGCUUACAUUCGAUACCGGGAACACUCUUGCGUGGAUCGAAGAGUAUUCUGGGGAUUUGCUGAGGGAGAAGAUUGCAGCGUAUGUCGAGGGGACGGAUAGGCAGAGCGAGGUAGCGCUGGCGCGUGCCAAGUUCGUUUCAACACUGGCGGAGAUGUCGUUCCGGAGCGGGAGGGUUGACUUCGGCACGUAUAAGAACGAAUUGAGCGGGGCGUUUGCAGAUGUGAAGGACUUGUCGGAGAAACCAGCGGCCCUUUGCACCCAAGCGGAUGCGUUGAUAGCUUUCAAUUCUGCGACGGCGGAUUGUGAGCAGCCGGAUAAUAAGGAAGUGUUCGAUAGAUUAUUAGCGCUACGAUGGCAGGCGUUGUCGUCAGCGCUGGAUUCUCUGACGGCAGCGACAAAGCUUUGUCAGGCUGAAAAUCUACCCAAGAUCCAUCUUGCGAGGGGGGAUGUGGAGAUGUACCGAUGGCGGCUGGGUGGGCAACCGUGGAACUACCAGGUGUCGCUCGAGAAUUCCUUGACGCUCCUGAGGAAUGCGCAGACUUACUAUCGUGGGGCAGCUGGCCUGGCUCGGAGGGAUGGCUCGAUUGAACUGGAUCGAGAGGGGACGGCGAAGGAAGCGUUGGCUUUUGCUCUUUCGGGAGACAUGCAGAGGAUGGAAGGGCUGGUAGCUAGCUCGAAGAAGGAAUUGAUGCAGAUAGCGGAGGAUAUGGUUGAGGACGGACUGGUCUCGCAGGAGGACAUGGAUGGACUCUUCCGGAAAGUUGAUCCGGAUGAGAUCGUGUUUUGA